GGGUGGACUCCUCUCCACAGGGCUGUGGGUAAGACCCUCACGAGCCUCUCGAAUCAGUUGGACAUAAUAACGAUGCUCGUCGAGGCGGGCGCGGACGUGAACGCGCGGAACGAGAGAUCCGGCCGAACGCCGCUGCUGCUCGCCGCCGCACACAGUGGUUCAAUAGGAGGGGGUCGAAAGUCCGCUAUAUUCCGGCACCUACUGACGCUCGGGGCCCGCAUCGACAUUUGCGAUGAUUACGGCGGCACCGUGGACUCGAUCUUGGCGGUUAAUCAGUUGUUGGACUACGAUGACACCGAUGGGUGGAUAAGGUACCAGAAACGGGACCACCGGAGGGCUAUGAGGCUCGUCGCCGACGUUCGUGCGGCGGGCACGUGGGCGCGGUACCUUCACGAACCGAGGGUCCGUUUGGACGUGCUCCGCCAGUUGUGCGCUCGGGGCCGAGCGGCGCCACAGACGUAUUUUUUUCUAGGGCUACCGGGGACGCAAAUGCGCAUCCGCCGCCGGCGCCAAAAUCUCGUCGCGUGCCUCUUCACGGACCUCCCCAAGGACAUGUUCAGACACGUGCUCAGGUUCUGGGGAAGCGACCGCGACUUCCCGGACGACUCGGACGAGGACGACUAG